UUACACCCCUGCUAGACAGCUCGCUAGUCAUUAGCCAGCGUCAAGCGAAAGCUUUGCCAAUGUAACAAGAAAAUUGACACGGAAUGUCAGUAACCAAAGGCAUAUUGUGACAUUUCGAGGAUAAAUAUGACAAGAAUAUCAGUUGGACAUCGAAAUCCGACUGCAAAGGAGAGAGCCAGGAAGAAUGGAGAAAUUCGAUUGUAGAAUCACGACAACAACAUUCUCUGUUUCAUGAGUAACUAACUUCUGUGCAACCUUGAAGCUGUUGUCAUUUGCAACUUUGAAAAUGAUGUAUUCAUCAAGAAGAAAACCAGUCCUCUAUUUCAAAGAAGACAGAAGAUUCUGGUCUGGGAAAUGCACAGUCUACAAACUAUUUGGUCUGUGUGUGGUGCUGGUACUGGGCUCCCUCCUAUGGCUCCAACUCAGCUGUACAGGAGACAUGAGCCGGGUUGUAGUGGAUGACAGACGCCUCCUCCAUCAGCCCUGUCCCCUGGAGAGACGGGCAUCCGCUACGGACGACCCUUCCUGGGGUCCUCACAAGCUGGCCCUCCUGAUACCUUUCAGGGAGAGGUUUGAGGAGCUGCUGGUGUUUGUCCCCUUCAUGCACACCUUCUUGAACAACAAGAAAAUACUGCAUAAGAUCUUCGUAAUCAACCAGAUGGAUCACUAUCGGUUCAACAGAGCCUCUCUCAUUAAUGUUGGUUACACGGAGAGUGGUAACGACACUGAUUACAUCGCCAUGCAUGAUGUGGACUUGUUACCUCUGAAUGAAGCUCUGGACUAUGGUUUCCCAGAGGAGGGCCCUUUCCACGUGGCCUCACCAGAGCUGCACCCCCUGUAUCACUACAAGACAUACGUGGGAGGAAUCCUGCUGCUCACCAAACAGCAUUAUCACAUGUGCAACGGCAUGUCCAACCGGUUCUGGGGAUGGGGGAGAGAAGACGAUGAAUUCUACAGGAGACUAAGAAUUGCUGGAUUACAGCUCUUCAGGCCCAGUGGGAUAAAAACAGGGUAUAAAACCUUUCGCCACAUCCAUGACCCUGCCUGGAGGAAGAGAGACCAGAAGAGAGUGGCUGCACAGAAACAGGAACAAUUCAAGGUUGACCCUGAGGGCGGGCUGACUAACUUGCAGUACAAGGUGGAGUCGAGACAGGAGCUGACUAUUAGUGGAGCCCCUGUCACUGUCCUCAACACCAAACUGGAGUGUGACACGGGCAAGACUCCCUGGUGUCUGUUGAACUAAGAUGGCCCCCGUGAUAGACCUAUGCUGCCUCUCAUCUGGGUUAUGUUCAUUAUCCACCAAACGGAAUAAAACAGACUAAAACAGGGAGUGACUACCUGAGCUUCUCCAAUGAGAAACACUUGUUUUUGUGUGCCCUAAUGAAUAUGACCCCGGUGCUACAGAGGGGUGCUGUUAACCCCUGCUUGCUGUGCUACUUCGGGACAGUUUCUGGGCCUGAGGACAUGGCUAAAACAAACAACCGCACCAGGAGACAUGGGUACCAUAUUCUGGCCGGUCCAGAGAAGAGCCUUUGACCUUUGAACUCAGCAACGCCUUCCCUCAUUGGAGAGAUGGAAUGUAUUUAUAAACUAGCUAAAUUGUGUUGUCCUUUAGAAUUGCAGCGUAGCCGUCUGACUUGCAUUCAGAACUGUGAGUGACUGGAUCUCAUGCAGGCCUAACUUCAGGGUCUUUAAACUACAGACACUUUGCCAAUAGUAUCUGUUUAUCCAGGGACCGACCAGGACCAACCCUGCUUAGCUUCAGAGGCCAACCAGCAGUGGGAUGUAGGGUGGUCUGCUGCUGGGUGUGGACAAUUUUCAUUUUUCAGGAAUCCCUUUUCUGUCCUUCAGUUGAAGUCUGCUAUACUGUCUGGCUUAAUGUCUUAUCAUCAGAGUUAGUUUACUAUGAAAGGGUUUUCUUUCUGACAUUGUAAUGCACCGGAUUGGCAUGCCACCUCCAUGCUACAUAGUGCUGUAUUCUCAUCCGGUAUCCAUUGUGACCCAUCAUGUACUCAACUAGUAGUGAGUUGAGUAUCAGAGAGCCAUUUUGGGUUUGAUGUUGAUGAUAAAUCAGCUUUUAAGGUUUACAGUUGUGCUUUAGAAAGUUUUCAGAGAACGACUAGAUAUUAUGAAAGUAUGUUUGGGUAAAUUAUGGUAUGUUUAGGUAAUGUCAAGCAUAUGUUACAACAGUUUGGCCAUAUACCAUACUGCUGUCAUGUCAAGCGUACAGUUGAAGUCGGAAGUUUACAGGUCGCAGUUGUAAUUGAGAUCUUGUUCUCAACUAGCCUACC